UCUCUCUCUCUCUACUCUCUAUCUGGGACACCGAAAAUAACAAAGCAACUCUUGUUGGGCUUCACCUCAAGCAACCAACCGGUCUCUUGUUGCUGCAUAUGGGAGUCGCUGGUUCGCCUUGUUGGAAGCACUGAAGCACACCCACAAACCCAUCUCUCUCUCUCUCUCUCUCUCUCUGUGUCGCCAUUAGAGAUGCUCGAGCUCGAGCUCCAGCCAUGAGGAGUAAAAGCUGCUUCUUGCUUCUGUGUUCUCUGCUCUCCUACCUCCACCCACCCACCCACCAGAUUCAGAGCCCCAUCUGUGCGAGAGAGAGCUGGAAAUCAAGAACGAAAAGGUUUUUGGGAAGAUUUUGUGAAACCAAGGACUAAGUUUGUGGGAUCGAACACCAAGGAGAGAGACCGAGAGAGAGAGAGGAGGUGCAGUUUUCCAUGAAAAGAGAGAAAUGGAGCUCAAACCCCAAGAAGAUGACGUCACAGCUCCGGUCUCCUCUCUGGGCUUCGCUCACUUCGCUCGCGACUCUAGACGGAUCGAGGGCUUGCACAAUGGUGCACCCAUUCUCGGUGCUUCUCCUCAAACCCUAGAUCACCCCCUACAACAACGCCCCAAUUUGCACCGCCACCUUGACGAUGAGGUCAAACCCGAGCGCGAGGACUCGAAUCCGGAUCCCGUCUCCUUCGCCUUCUCCAGGUCCCCCGCCCUGCCGGCCCCCGCCGGAUCGAAGCCGAAACCCGCGCCGUCGCCCGCCGUCAGGUACCGGGAGUGCCUCCGGAACCACGCGGCGAGCGUCGGCGGGAGCGUCUACGAUGGAUGCGGCGAGUUCAUGCCGGCCGGCGAGGACGGGACCGCCGGGUCCCUCAGGUGCGCCGCGUGCGAAUGCCACCGGAAUUUCCACAGGAAGGAGGUCGACGGCGAGGCGCUGCAGGUCUCCGCCAGCUUCCGGCGGGCCCUGGUCCCCCCGCUCCAGCUGCCGCCUCCGCCGCUGGCGUCCCCGUAUCAGAGGUACUCGGUGGGCGUCGUCCAGAGCCCGAUGGUGACGCCGAUGAGCGUGGCCUUCGGCUGCGGCGGCGGCGGGGGGAACGAGUCCUCGAGCGAGGAUCUGAACCUGUUCGGCUCCGACCACCCCCGCCGCCAAGCGGCGACGGCGCCGCCGUUCUCGAAGAAGAGGCACAGGACGAAGUUCACGCCGGAGCAGAAGGAGAGGAUGAUGGAGUUCGCGGAGAAGGUGGGGUGGAGGAUCCAGAAGCAGAACGAGGAGGAGGUGGAGAGGUUCUGCGGGGAGAUCGGGGUGAGGAGGCAAGUGCUCAAGGUGUGGAUGCACAACAACAAGAACAACGGGAAGAACAAGCAGGCAUCCGAAGAACCGGCGUAGUGACCCAUCUCUGCAAGAUCAAGGAUGAAGAUAAAGAUGCAAACUUUUUUUUGAGGUGAGGGACUCCAAACUGAUCACUGUCUCGCGUAGCAGUCGAUUUAUCGAUCUUGAUGGGUCAUCCAUGUUUAGCGUGCAAUCUGAUGAACCAGUUUAAUCUUGUAGUAGAACCCUAGCAAAUCCCUUUGCUUCUUGAUGGGGUUUUAGUUCUUAGCUAAUAUUUCGGGUCUCUCCGCUGUGCUUGAUGA